UGCUCGUGUGACGUAUUUCCUGAGGAGCGGCGAGUGGACCGCCUCUUCAUCCAGCUCUAGUGGAGGAUUCUCAUAUUUUGUGUUUUUUUUUUUGUUUUGUUUGCUUGUUUGUUUAUUUUGGCCGUUUAUUUCCUCCUUGGCGGCUCGUUGAACAUGUACGGACGGCAAUGUUAUUGUUUAGUUCAAGAGGCGAGCGCGUGAAAGCGAGCCGUUGCUCCUCAGCUGCGUCGCGUAACGGAAAAUGGAGCCAAAGAAAGCUAGCUUAGUAGCUAUGGUAAAGUUUGUGUGUGGUACAGUAGAUAGGUGUGUGGGGAGAGCUGGGAAGUAACGUGCGUGCGGACAAACCUGUCAGAAGAUUUGGACAGCCAGGACAAGUGCUUUGUGGUCUGUUUACAUUUAGUCCGAGACGAGGCGUUUAAAAAGAAACACACACACACACACAGCUGUAACGUUUUUAACGGGCGCGUUUAGCGCUUCUGACUGACGGAGCUUCACAUCUGAAACAGGACGCCGUGACCAGAGAGAGACAGUCUCGCUUGGGCAGCUUGUGUUAAGCUCUCGCUUUUGCGUGGCUCACUCGUUUUGGUUUUGCAAGCUGUUCCGACUGUUUUGAUCCCGGAAAUCCUGAAAGCAGUCUAAUUUAGCAGUCUAAUUUAGAUUUAAAGGCAGCGAGUUGCUUCAUCUGGACUUGCGUAACUUGCAGGAACGCUACCUUUUUUUUAUAUUAUUUUAUUUUUUUUAAAAUCAGUAGAUCCAAAUAGUGGGAAAUAAUAAUAACACGCUUUGUGUAUUCAGCACAUCAGGAUCCGAAUGACCAAAUGUUGUGUAAGGUGAUUUAAAAGCUGCAUCCGCUUCAUGUGCACGAUUUGAGGGACUUGAAGACCUGAGGUUUCCGUGACCUCCAGCCUGUCUGAUGGAGCUGUGCCUGGCCUGCUUGCCGCUUGUCACGUUGCUGACCCUCCUGACCUCUGAGGUCACGCCGUCCCUUGGCCAAAAGGUUUACACAAACACAUGGGCCGUCCAUAUAAGCGGAGGAGAGGAGGAAGCCAACCGCAUUGCCCAAAAGCAUGGUUUCAUUAACCACGGCAAUAUAUUUGGAGAAUACUACCAUUUUCGGCACCGCAGGGUGGUGAAAAGGUCUUUAUCUCAACACAGAGGAACACACAUUCGCCUGCACAGAGAGCCCCAGGUCAAAUGGGCAGAGCAGCAAGUGGUGAAACCGAGGAAGAAGAGGGACAUUUACUCCGAGCCUGUUGACCCCAAGUUUGCACAGCAGUGGUACCUGUACAAUAGCAACGACCGUGACCUCAAUGUGAAGGAAGCCUGGAAGCAGGGUGUUACGGGACAGGGUGUGGUGGUGUCCAUAUUGGAUGACGGAAUCGAGAAGAACCAUCCAGACCUCGAGCGUAAUUAUGAUCCUGAUGCCAGCUAUGACGUGAACGAUGGAGAUCCAGACCCUCAGCCUCGAUAUACCCAGCUCAACGAUAACAGACAUGGCACACGAUGUGCUGGAGAGGUAGCUGCUGUUGCCAACAAUGACAUCUGUGGUGUCGGUGUAGCCUACAAUGCCAAGAUUGGAGGUGUUCGGAUGUUGGAUGGAGAGGUGACCGAUGUGGUGGAGGCUCAAUCUCUCAGCCUCAACCCUCAGCAUAUAGACAUCUACAGCGCUAGCUGGGGGCCCGAGGAUGAUGGAAAAACGGUGGAUGGCCCUGCCAAGCUGGCAAAGGAGGCUUUUUUACGAGGAGUAACUGAGGGUCGCCAUGGGCUGGGCUCCAUCUUUGUGUGGGCAUCCGGUAAUGGGGGCCGGGAGAAAGACAGCUGCAACUGUGACGGCUACACCAACAGCAUCUACACACUCUCAAUCAGCAGCAGCACGCAGUACGGCAACGUGCCGUGGUACAGCGAGGCCUGCUCCUCCACCCUCGCCACCACCUACAGCAGCGGAGGACUCAACGAGAAACAGAUUAUCACUACAGACCUGAGACAGAAGUGUACAGACUCACACACAGGCACCUCGGCUUCAGCUCCUCUGGCUGCAGGAAUCAUAGCCCUCGCCCUGGAAGCCAAUAAAAACUUGUCAUGGAGGGACAUGCAGCAUCUGGUUGUGAGGACAUCUAACCCAGCUCACCUGAUCACUAACGAUUGGAAGACCAAUGGGGUUGGACGCCAAGUAAGCCACUCGUAUGGAUAUGGCCUGCUGGAUGCUGCUGCCAUCGUGGCCCAGGCCAAGAACUGGACCAGUGUGGGCCCUCAGCAGAAGUGUGUCAUCUCCAUGUUGUCUGAGUCCAGGAACAUUGGGAGCCACCUGGUGAUCAACAGGAGCGUAGACGCGUGUUCAGGCAAGCCCAACUUUGUGAGCUCUCUGGAACAUGUCCAAGCCCAGCUCACACUGUCCUACAACCGUCGUGGAAACCUGGCCAUCUACCUGAUCAGCCCACAGGGCACCCGGUCAACUCUGCUCACCCCCAGACCUCAUGAUUACUCCUCUGAAGGCUUCAACGACUGGGCCUUUAUGACCACCCACUCAUGGGAUGAAGACCCUCGCGGCGAGUGGACUCUGGAAAUUGAGAAUGUGGCUGGAACCAGUGACUACGGCACUCUAACACAGUUCACGCUGGUUCUCUACGGCACUGCCUCUGCAUCAGCUGGCUUGUCCACACCAGACUCCGUCCAACUCCCUGAAGCCGGCUGCAAAACCUAUGACCUCAGUCAGAUUUGCACAGAGUGCAACCCCGGGUUCUACAUGUACCAGCAGGGUUGUGUACAUGAGUGCCCUGCAGGCUUCACGUCUGUCUCCCAGUCUGAGCUUUCCUCUUAUAACGAUGUGGCUGCUGUCCUGCAUCCAGCCUGCAUGCCCUGCCAUGAGCUCUGCCUUACCUGCAGCGGCACAGGGCCAAGAGACUGUCUCUCAUGCCCACCCCACAGCCACCUGGACCUACUCACUGGUACCUGCCAGCACCAGAACCAGAUUCAGCGCGAAUCACCCGAUGCCGAGUUGUUCCAAUUGCGCGGCAGCGCCCCUUCUGGCAUCAUGAAUCUACAGCUCUCGUCCAGUCUGCCUGCCACUGUGGCAGUGCUCUGCUGUGCCUUUAUCGCAGCCACCUUUGUAGUGGUGUUUGGCCUGCUUCAGUUCCACUCCUAUAGCCUCACUAAAAUGUACAGUUCUGAAGUCGGCGUGGGCUCUGUAAUGCGCGCAAACUUCGGCCUGAGCAUGGCGCGCAGCGACAUCAUUUCCUACAAGGGUAUACCAAGCGUGUGUAACGAAGACGGGGGCAACUCUGAGUCCGACAGCGAUGAGUUCGACAUCCAAAAUGAGAGAACUGCCUUCAUCAAAACACAAAGUGCUCUUUAACCCUUUCCCCACACACUUUUGCUAUCUAUCUUCUCCUCAACUAUUUUCUUUCUUUAUCUUUUUGAAGAUAUGGUCUUUCACGGGCUUGUCUCCCCUUUUCUUUUUUUGGGUUUGAUCCUGCAGUUUAUUUAUUAUUCCUAUUUUCCCCCAUAGUGGUGAACCAUAAUAUCAGGGCCACUCUGCACACACCUGGCCUCGGUGCCUCUAAAAGAACGCCUCCAUGGCUGAUUGGCUGGAGGAUGAGACAAAAAAACAAAAAGUUGAUUGUCCCAGGCUUGCCAGCAGGACUCUCCAAAAACACAAUAAACACAAUGAUUGUCAUUUAGUCUCUUCCUCUUCUUUUCAGUCCCACUACAUGUUGUCCAAUAAGAUCUAAGGAAGAAAUCCUAUUACUGUGUGUAUCAGAAGUGUCCAAUCUGACUAAAUAAUCUGCUGCUUAAUCAUAGAGAAUUCGUUUAGUGUUAAAUGAAUCAUUGUGAAUCUUAUUCUUAUGCUGAGGUCCUUUUUGAAAGACUUUUGGGGAAAAAAAAUUAAAAAAUUUCUUGGGGGGCUAGCAUGGCUUCAUUUCUAAUGCACACAGAUUCACAAUGCAGACCCCCAAGCAUAAUUCGCCUGCAGAGAAUUUCAAAUGCUGAGUUCAUUGGUUUUUUUUUUCUUCUUCUUCUUCUUGAAGGCGGUUUACACUGCUGUAACCUUGUGCGCUCUUUCUGACUCCCUGGAGGUAGCUUUGCAGCACUGCUCUGAAAUGAACUCCAUUUGAGGCCUUGGGAGAAACGUUAGCAGGGCUUCUCAGGAUUGUACUGACAAACCCUGAGAAGAGAUAAGGCAGUUUUAACUUCCUUCUGAUGUUAGUUUCAUUUGCCUUUAUAUCAUAUGUGGACAUGGUGAGGUUCUGUUUUGGCAGUAAGAAAGUGACUUUUUGCGAAUGAAACUACAAGGGCUCAAUGAACACUUCAAUGCAGCUAUUGUGUGAGGCAGGGAAUCAGAGUUGAUUAUUCAUGAUUAAUCUGGUUGGAGAAGUAAUUAAAUCAAGCAUCAGGUUAUUUCGGUUUGUCUUGAAUCAUGUGCUUACUCAAACCCAGUAAUGGUUUGGCCUAAUUCAGCUAUAUUCUCUUUAUGCUCAAAUCCUUAUAAUUUUUAUACAGAUGUUGUGAGCUGGGUUUUAAAUAGUAUUUCUUUGUUGUUGUUUUUGUUUUAAUAAUACAAGUAGAUAUUACCUGUGUGUGUGCGCGGAAGACCGUCGGGUCAUGGAUGGAUCUUUUGAGAUUCCACACCUGUUUUUAAAUACUUCAGUAAUUGUAGCAUUAAUAGCAGAUGACAUUUUUACCAUUUUUAACAUCUGUCUUUUCAAGUGUCUUCUAGCAACAACACACAAACCCUCCACGAUUGGUUUUUAAGAAUGUGGUGAUUAAGACUGCAGUUUGGAAAGUUUAAAAUCCUGCUUCUUCCACAAGUCUCCUGUGGAUGAUUAUACCAUAUCAAUUUCAUAGGGCUACAUUUGUUUUUUUUUUUUUGUUGUUUUUUUUUUUUUUUAAAUAGCCUUCACAUCAGGCUCAGACUCUAGCAUAUUAAAUGUUCAUCACGUCAAAAGCAUUACCUCAUGCCUCAAUAAUUCAUUUCUGUCAUUUUUAUAUAUAUAUAUAUAUAUAUAUAAAAUGUCCCCCCCCCCCUUCGUACUGUACGUGUGCUUGACUUUAAUUAUAGCGCAAUAGGAUGUUUCUCGAAGUCCUUAUCUACCCAGUUAAAUAUCUUGUGGUUUUUUUUUGUUUUUUUUUUAGUAAAUAUUCUUUUAGGGAAUAUGACCUUCCAUACUUUUUAAAUCUUCAUUAACUAAAUCCUGCCUUGGAGAUUUAUAAUUAACUGAAACUUUAAAAUUGUUUACUUGUUCUUUCUUUUCAUUACCUCCAAAAUGGUCAUCUCUUCUUUCUUUUCACGUUUCCCACUUCUCUGUUAGGAAUACACCUUAUUUCCCUUCUCUAAUUUUAAUGUAAAUGACACUUGUAUAUAUUCACAUUUUAUUUUGUUUUCUUUUAUAUUCAAUUCCCCCUUUUUCCUUUGCUUUGCAUUAGUCUGUUCUGUCCAGCUUAAAUUAACAAAUGUACACUGUGCAUUGAUUUAUAGGUAACAGAAUGUGCAUCUGAUGAACACUAAUUUCAAUUUUAAAAAAUGAGAUGUUAUGGAAAUUUACACACAUACACACAGUAGCUGCAUUUCACUAAAAUGACUUCAUGACCGGAUGAAGUGACUGAGUAUUUGAUUAUAAUUACUUGAUGGAAUUUAGUGAAGUACUGAAUCAAAUAUGGAGGUGGGUACUUUUGCCAUUCUUAAUGUUACAACACGAGCCCUUUGAGAUUAAAGAUUUGAUUGACCUCAUCUUGCAUUCACACUAGCAAAUGACUACACAACAUUAAACUUCAUUUCCUUGAAAUAGACAUUUCGCAAGUGCAGCGGGGUGACAUGCAUUAGUUUAUGUAAAUUGGUUAUAAAAUGUUGACGUGGCAAAAAACGAUUGGCUAAUAAAUUCCUCGGAUUUUCCUCGUCUCAUCUUAAUUUUGUAUCUGCGUUUGGUUCCCAUUUUGUUGCACAAAAACUGAAGGAAAAAACAUCAGUGAAACCAGCAAACACUAAAAAUACUUUUCAGAUAAAGGUCACGUAGUAUACGUAUAAGAGGUAUAUGAAUUUCACAGUGGUCUGUAUGUAUUUUGGCUAAAAACAUUUAUCAGAUCUACAAGCGGUAAUGGUAGCAGUCGCGCCACUCUACAAAAGACCAAUCUGGCAACUUGACAUCAGCAGCUUGUCGCUUGUUAGUGUGAUGUACUUUGGGUUGUGCCUCCAUGUUCAUUUUUACAAUAUUACCCUAGUAAGUGUUGCAGUAGUGAACUCAGCUGGACGUAUCGUCUUGGGCUGUGUUACUCAAAUAAUGGCAAGGUCCGACGUUAACCUAACAGCAUGACGUAUUCUUAUGAAGGUCUUCUAAUUAAACACAAGCAUUAAGCACUCAGUGUCCUGCAGGAUUACUGGGCUUUGUGGAGGCCAUGACCAAAGACAGGAACGUGAAACGUGUACGCUACACCGACGAGUUAAACUGCAGGAGAGACUCGCUUGAUAGAUAGGGAUUAUUUUCAUUCUAUAUUUUAAGGUGGGUGUUAUCUUGCCAUAUCUUGGUUUACAUGGUAUGACAGCUCCCAUAAUAUCCCUCUCUCUCUCACACACACACAUAUAUAUAUAAAAAUAUAUGCGCGCACACAUGCCGAACCUGUUUACCACCAUGCACUUCUUCUGUGCCCAGCUUGAAUUGUCAGUACGUCCUGUUGUUGAAUGAUUUUAGUAUAUAUCUGAGACAGAACAACUAAAUUAAUAUAAAAUAAGACCUAUUUUUGUGCAUUGUCAUUCAUGUAAUUUAAAGAUUUUGCCUUUUUAAAAAGUUUUCUCCUUUUUAUUUAAUUGAUGUCAAUAUAUGAAUUAUAGAUUUAUGAAAAAUAAAGAUCUAUGCAAAGUUA